AUGGCUUCACAACUGCGGUACGAUAACCAAGUCGCUAUCAUCACUGGGGCUGGCAAUGGACUGGGAAAGCAAUAUGCCAAAUUUCUCGCCUCACGCGGAGCAAAGGUUGUGGUCAACGAUCUAGGUGGUACUUUCAACGGGAAGGACGCCGGUGGCAGAGGCGACUCCAGAGUGGCAGAUGUCGUGGUCAAGGAGAUUAGGGAUGCCGGUGGUAUUGCUGUGGCCAACUAUGACGCCGUACAGAACGGCGACAAGAUCGUCAAGACGGCAAUCGAUGCUUUCGGAAGAGUUGACAUUCUUAUCAACAACGCUGGUAUCCUGCGCGACAUCACCCUUAGAAACAUGAAGACUGAAGACUGGGAUAGCAUUAUGGAUGUCCAUGUCCAUGGCGCUUUCAAGACAGCUCGGGCGGCGUGGCCCUAUAUGCGGAAGCAGAAGUAUGGCCGAAUCAUCAAUACAUCAUCGUCUUCUGGUCUGUUCGGAAACUUUGGACAGAGCAAUUAUGCGGCGGCAAAGAUGGCGCUUGUCGGUUUCAGCGAGACACUGGCCAAGGAAGGCGCGAAAUACAAUAUCACCUGCAAUGUACUUGCUCCUGGUGCAGCCAGCAGACUAACACAGACGGUCUGGACGCAAGACAUGAUGGAAGUGAUGAAGCCCGAUUGGGUCGUACCGCUCGUGGGUGUGCUCGUCAAUGAGAAGUGUCAUGAGAACGGAAGUAUCUUCGAGGCGGCUGCGGGUCACUACAGCAAGAUCCGGUGGGAGCGCAGCAAAGGAUUCCUCGCACGCCCGGAAGAUCUGACCGCUGAGAUAGUGCUUGAAAACUGGGAGAAGGUUGUGGAUUUUUCCGGCGCAGAGCACCCAAAAGACCCUGCAAGGAUUUUGCAAUUUCUUGAAGAGGCCAAAAGCUUGCCGAAGACCAGCGCGACAGCCGGCGGUCGGGUGAGCUUUCAAGGCAGAGUGGUCUUGGUGACUGGCGCUGGAGCCGGACUGGGGCGAGCAUACAGCCUUCAUUUUGCGCAACUGGGCGCAAAGGUCGCAGUCAACGAUGUCAAGAACGCCGAGAAGGUCGCCGAUGAAAUCAAGGCUCGUGGAGGAGAAGCAAUUGCCAUAAACUUGUCCGUCGAGGAUGGAGGCACCAUUGUCCGGAAGGUUGUGGAUACCUAUGGACGGAUUGAUGUCGUGGUCAACAAUGCGGGAAUCUUGGGAGACAAGGCCUUCGUUAAUAUGACAGACGAACAGUGGUAUUCGGUCAUGAAUAUCCACUUGAGGGGAACAUACCUCAUUACCAGAGCAGCAUUUCCAAUCAUGCUCAAGCAGAGAUAUGGACGCAUUGUCAAUAUUACCAGCACGAGCGGCAUCUAUGGGAACUUUGGACAGGCCAAUUAUGCAGCUGCGAAAUGCGGCAUUGUUGGUUUCACGAAGACCAUAGCCCGAGAAGGAGCCAAGUAUAAUGUUGUGGUCAAUUCACUAGCUCCGACAGCUGGCACAAACAUGACUCGAACAGUUUGGCCUGAGAAGGAUGUCGAGGCCAUCAAACCUGAAUACGUCGCGCCCGUCGUUGCUGCCUUGUGCAGUGAGAAGCCUCCAGCCACAGGGCAGAUCUUUGAAUCUGGUAGUGGGUGGAUCGGAGCCACUCGCUGGCAGAGAGCUAGAGGUGUUGAUUUUGACCAUGAAAAGGGUGUGCCGAGCGUGGAACAGGUUGCGGAAGCAUUCUCGGAGAUCUGCAACUUCGACAAUGGAAAAGCAGAUAACCCGGAUACUCCACAGGACGGAAGCAAAUACACCAUGGGCAAUGUGCUGAAGAACCCCAAGAUUGCUGCAGCAUUGUCUCAAGAAAACCGCGCCAACCGCAAAUACAUCUCCAAAAUUGCAGAGGCCAUAUCACUGAAGCCGGUUCCAUCGACCUAUACCUAUGAUGACCGCGAAGUCAUCCUGUACAACCUUUCCAUGGGCGCACACCGCACCGACCUCGACCUGGUCUAUGAGGGCUCUCCGAACUUCCAGGUCCUUCCUACAUUCGGCAUUGUGCCCACAUAUUCCGCGACCACCCCCUGGAGUGUCAAGGACAUCGUCCCCAACUACGACCAACGCAUGCUCCUUCAUGGAGAGCAAUACUUGGAAAUCAAACAAUUCCCCAUUCCGACCUCAGGCACGCUGAAGACCGAAACAAGCUUGGUCGAAGUUGUCGACAAAGGAAACGCUGCCCUUGUGAGACGGGGAGCCACGACGGUUGACAGCGCCGGCCGACCCGUCUUCUACAACGAAAGUGUAUCGUUCAUCCGGGGAUCUGGAAACUUCGGUGGUCAGCGCAAACCGGCUGAUCGCGGCCCCGCCACAGCCAUGAAUCCCGCCCCGUCUCGUGCGCCGGACAAAGUCGUCGAGGAAAAGACGUCGGACGACCUUGCGGCCCUUUAUCGACUGUUGGGCGAUCGCAACCCGCUCCAUAUUGACCCGAAAUUCUCCGCGGCAGGUGGCUUCAAAGUCCCCAUUCUUCACGGCCUAGCCACCUUUGGAAUCACUGGGAAACACGUGUUCCAGACCUACGGACCCUUCAAGAACAUCAAGGUGAGAUUCAGCGGGACUGUGCUGCCAGGGCAGACAAUUGUGACGGAAAUGUGGAAGGAGGGAGGAAAAAUCGUAUACCAAGCGAAAGUGAAGGAGACGGGGAAAUCUUGCAUCAGCAACGCAGCGGUGGAAUUGUUGCAGGGAGGCUCAAAAUUGUAAUGGGCGACGAUGCCCAAGUAAUCUGAUAUCUCCAAAGGUCAUAUUCAGCGUCUCAAGGCGGGGUGUAGCCAACAUCAUUACCAC